CCUCGUGCAGUCAUCGCGCGCAGGAAAAAGUGGAGGCUCAGGAAAGAUGAAUAAAGGUGUCUCGCGCUGUUGGAAUUUGUGGGCGGUCAGAUAAGGAGAGAGAAAGUAAAGGAUUAUGAUCCGUUUUUUCAAUGCGCGCCAGAGGCUGGAACUGGCUAUAUAUACAGGAGGUGAUGGAGAGGAGCUGCACAGAUCAUCAGGCAGCUGAGCAGGCAACACCGAUCACUUGGGGACUCUAAUUAACUACAGAGAAAAAGAGGACUGCAUCUCUCAUCACUGACAACCUAACAGCAAAAAAAAAAAAAAAAAAAAACCACACACACACAGACAGUAGAGAGCUGAAGACAAACUCCUGAUCAUAGACAUGGGGCUGCUGCGUGUUGAAGAGCUGGUCACCGGGAAGAGAGGUGAGGGAAGGGUGGGAGAAACUGCUUGUGCAGAGGUGUUCGCUGCUGGAGAAUAUGAAACCAGCAUCAUCCAGGAGAAGCAGGACGGCAUUCACACACAACAGGACCUGAAUGACAUCACCCAGAAUGAGACCAAACCAAGUGAACAGAAGCCAAAACUCAAUGUUGACCGAUCCGGACAUCUAAAACUAGAAACUGUGGAAGAUCUCUUCAAUAUUUUGGAACUGAGAAAGAGGAGAAAGGAAAGGAAGAUUCAGAUGUUAAAGAAAGAGCCAGAGCCUGAUAUCUUGCCUGAAACAGUGGACCAGGGGUUGUUUCUCAAAGCUGUCACAGAAAAUAAACUGCCUGUUGUGGAGAAAUAUUUAGCAGAUGGUGGAGACCCCAAUGCCUGUGAUCAUUUUAAGCGUUCAGCUCUGCAUAAAGCCAGUGCACAAGGUCACACAGAGAUCAUGCAGAAGCUCCUGGAGAGUGGAGCAUCCAUGGAUCAGAAAGACAAGCUGGAUGCCACAGCUGUGCACUGGGCCUGCAGAGGUGGAAGCCUGCCUGCCCUGGAGCUGCUUCUCAAUAAAGGAGCCAAAUUCAACUCCAGAGACAAGCUAGCCAGCACUCCACUCCAUGUUGCAGUUCGGACGGGACAUUACGAAUGUGCUGAGCAUCUCAUUCAUUGUGGAGCUGAUGUAAAUGCUAAAGACAGGGACGGAGACUCACCAAUGCAUGAUGCAGUUAGGAUAAACAGAUUUAAAAUGAUUAAACUGCUGAUGAUGUACGGAGCCAGUCUAAAUGCCAAAAACAAUGAUGGAAAGACGCCAAUGGAGACUCUGCUGUCAUGGCAAAAAGGUGUAAAAAACAUACUAACUAAUCUUAAUGAAUGUGAAGCACCAAAGUCAGAUGAACAGCUUUUCAACAUUUGAUACACUGAAGGGUUUCAGAUGUCCUUUCCUUUUUACUUUCUUUCUUUCUUGCUUGAUGAACAAUAAAAAUUGAAUAGUACUUUGCAAUUUACAUAAUUAUGACGCUAAUUGCUGGCGAUGGAGCGUCUGAAAUAUUGAUGAGGGUAUUUGUAAAUAUUGUUUUUUCUCACUUGAUUUUUGAGAGAAAUUAAUCUUCUGGGAGUGGCACAAGACAUCAACAUGUUUGUGUGCUCUUAAGUGUAUUUAAUGUUGAUUUAAUAUUAAUUUAAUUUCUUGUGACUGUAUUUGAAAAAUGUCCAUGACUGUUUGAUUUUACAGGAAAAUGUCUAGACAGAUUUGAGACUGAACUAUAUAAGUGUGCAGAAAUGGAACAGAAUGUGAAUGCGGGUCUGAGAAUGUUUAUUGUGAUGGAUAUCAUUAUUGUAAAUGAUUUAUAAUUUUGGACAGGAUUUGUGAAAGACUUUAGUACAGGGUAAAUGGACAUCCAUUAUGAAAUGUACAUUGAAUAAUGUGUUUUGUAUUUUUUUAAAAGAUGAAAUAAAACUGUCUUUCAUUUCAAUAA